AAUUGGGCCGAUGUGGGCCUGGAGCUGAGAUUGCCAUUUGCCGCGCCGUAUUUUUCGAAAGGCUCACAAUUCAAAGUUGAAAACCCGCUUUUACCCGCCCUUCAUUCUUUCCUCCUGCUCUUUCACAACUCAUUCACUCACUCUCCCAAAUCCAUAAGUUAAACAUUUGCAAAAUCAAAUUUUCCAUGGGAAGCAAAGAUGGGAUGUUCAAACCCCGUCCCCAUCUGGCCGACGUCACGAAUCGUCCGGCGAAAAGGCCGUUUUCUUUAGUUUCCGGCGACGACGGUGGGGCCUCGCUGUUCGCAAAGCAAACGUGCUUUGGGGUAGAAAGUUUAGCUAAAAACAAGAGCCAAUUGCAAUUCGGAGCACCGGCUCACCUUAACAACGAGGACACUGUCUCGUUACAAGCGAAAGAAAAACGCCCAAUUUUGUUGCCGUUUUGCGAUGAUGCUUCUCAGAAACCCAACGAGGGAAGGGAGGAGCAGAAUGCCUUGUUAUUGGAGAAUUUUAAAUUUGGAGAGAAUGGUGAAGAAAUAGUCCCAACUGAUCGUGCUGUUGAAAGUGGCGACAAAGAUGUUUGUGCUGUUGAUAAUUUGGGAUCACCCAAGUGUGGGACAGUGCAAAUGCCAACAAUCUCUGCCUCUCAUGAUUCUCAAUUUCUAGGACUGAAACCGUGCUCGGUACAUAAGGGUGACGGUGGUGCGAAUUCCGCUACUGAUGCUGUGGAUAUCAAAUCUUGCACUUGUAACUUUUGCUCCAAAGCUGCUUAUAUCUGGUCGGAUCUCCAUUACCAGGAUGCCAAGGGAAGGUUAAGUGCUAUAAAGAAGAGUCAGAAAGAAGUGAAAACGAUCAUUCAGAAAAUUUCUGGAUUAGAGGAUACGGUCGUGCGUGGCCAGCACCAAAGUGAGGAGUCAUCAAAGUUAGAAUUGUCCCUUGUGAAUCAGUGGAAGUCUCUCUUUGUUCAAAUGCAAAAUAUUUAUGCUCAAGAAAGUAGCCAGCUUGAAUCAAGCUUUGGAACACUAAAAGAUUUGAGAGAGAACUGCAAGAACGAUCUAGAGUUGAAUGAUGACAGCCAUCGUGAAAAUCAAUAGUGUUCCAAUCUGGGUUUUUUGGUUGUAAGAUUGUUUCGCAUCAGUUUUUUAGCUUCAAAUUUCAAUCAAUAUGCAUAUGCUCACCUGAGAUUUUACCUGUACAUUUUUGAGAAUUCGGUGUGUAUAGAGUACCUGCAAGUAUAUGUGUACAUUUGCCUCAUCAUCUGUUUCCGCCGACUCUAUUAUGAUCUGAAUCAACCUGCUUUGGAGGAUAAUAACUAUUCUGCGUUUUUUUUGGGAUGCCCCUGAGGGAACUGAAAGAUGAUAAUGCUGCUUGCUAUUCAAAGUUAUUUAGCACAGUUUUUUCAAUCGAAAUACUGGUUCCAAUGUAUGU